CCCCUCUCUUCUAAUACCUUUCUAGUUUCGUCCUUCUCGCAUUCAGAUUCUCUCGCCGUUCAAUUUCAGAAACUGAGAAUUGAUCUCCAGUUGCCGAAGUUCAAUUUGUGCUUCAUAAUCAACAAUGCUAGUUUCCGAGACGGAAACGGUUGCGUCCGACAAGAACCAUUCCCAACAGUUGGCGCCUUCGUCUCUAUCCCUGCCUCUUCCGCAAUUGCAGCAAGAAUUGCCGUCGAAAGAAACCUCAAUUUAUUCACCGACCAGUCAUCAAAAUUCAAUACCCUCUCUUACCCUUGACGAAAUCCAAAGCAAGAGCGUAAGGAUGGUUGGGUCAAUGAGCAUGGACGAAUUCCUGGCCAACAUAUGGAAUUCCGACGAUAACCAGAUCGAUUCACCACCACCACCACCACCACCGCCCACCCGUGACGAGUUGCCAGUUCAAAACAAAAACGCAGGUGCAGAAACAGAAACCGUUAUCUCCCAACAGGCCUCACUGUCUGUUCCUCCUCCGAUUUGCAAGAAAACUGUGGAUGAGGUUUGGUCUGAGAUCCGCAAAGAUCACCGAUCACAGCAAAAUGCAGAAGCUACUAAUGACGAAAUUAGCGCUAGUAAGAGCCUCAGAAGGCAACAAACACUUGGGGAAAUGACUCUGGAGGAUUUCCUGAUAAAAGCUGGGAUAGUACAAGAAUCACCUUUACCUUCAUUACCCUUGAAAUUUUCUUGGCCUCAACAAUCAUCAUCAUCGUUGCCAUUUCAGAACCAAACUGGAAAUAUAACAAAUAAUAGACCAUUUGAUGCUUCUUAUAAAAUGGGGCCCGCAACGAGGAUGGGAUUUUCUACCCAACAAAAUGUCGGAGUCUGUUUGUCAGGAGAUGGAGCAUCAACGUACCGAGUGUUGUCCCAGAGUCAUAGCCUAGCAGCAAAAGAACCCGCUACUAGCAGUGCUGCUGAGAAAUGUCAAACCUCGGGAGAGCCAACCAGGAAUAGUAGCAAGAAGAGGAUAAUUGAUGGCCCUCCUGAAGUGGUAGUGGAGAGAAGGCAGCGGAGGAUGUUGAAGAAUCGAGAAUCAGCAGCACGUUCACGAGCAAGAAGACAGGCAUAUACGGUGGAGUUAGAAGCAGGUCUGAAUCAACUUAGACAAGAAAACGAACAGCUGAAAGAAAUUCUGGCUGAAGCUGAGAGGAAGAGGAAACAAGAGAUGGCGCGGAAGAAGCGUAUUGCAACGAAAGCUCAGAAAAUGACAGAGAAGUUUAGGGCUAUAAGGAGGACGGUGAGCGCGGCCUGGUGAAUGAUGGGCCUUUAAUUCCAAGGGACUAGACAUUUAGUACAUACAUAAUACCCUGCGCUGAUAGUGAUGCUUCUGCGACUUAUACAGUUACGAGCGUUCAUAUUGCUGCAGCCCGUUGCCAAAGGCAAGUUCCUUGGCUACUGGUUCCAUGCAUUCUAAGUUAUGCUCAGAGGAGACACAGACAAUGAUACAAAUCGGAUCAAAUGUGGAAGUGUGGUGUAUAAAAAAACCGUUAACCUUUUUUAGUUAUUGUUUUUUUUUAUUACUUGACCGUAUGUAUCCUUAUGCUAUAUGUAUAGGGUAUUGAAGCAAUUUUACGGCCUUGUAGUCUUUUUUUAUAUACUUUAA